ACAUUCUACAACAAACAGCUGAUCAGUUGUGAAGCAACAGAACUUGCAUAAUUAAGAAUUUGCAGUCAUUUUGUAACUAGCCAUAUUUAUGGCACUGGUUAAUAACAACAACGGAUAUCGCUUUAUUUUACUUUUUUGUACAAUCUAGUCGAUUUAAAGAGAUGCCCCUACAAAUACUUGUGUUGAAUUCAAACAGUAUAAUCGCUUAAUCAUUUGAAAAAAAACAUAAAGUAAAAUAAAAAAUAAAAAAAUGGAGCCCGUAAUCACGUUUUACCCAGGUGUUACUAAGUGGGAUAUCCGGAAGAAAGUUUGGGACUACAUUGAAGACAAUAAUUUGGCCAAUUUUCCAAGACCAGUUCAUAACAGAAUACCUAACUUUAAGGGGGCAUACCAAGCCUGUGAUAGCAUCAAAGGCCUUGAGGUCUUCAAGAAAACCUGUGAAGUUAAGGUGGACCCUGAUAAACCGCUAGAAGGAGUUCGAUUAGCGACACUGCAGGCAAGAAAAACCUUAUUAGUCCCAACCCCACGCCUGAGGACAGGGUUGUUUAAUAAGAUCGUACCCCCUGAGGGAGCUAGCAAGGAUAUAUUGAAGAUAUGCUCGACUUCCCAGGGAGUGAAAGAGUACAGUGUGCCCAUUGGACUGGAUGCAAAGGUGCAGGUGGACUUGGUCGUUGUGGGGUCUGUGGCAGUGUCUGAAAAAGGAUGGAGAAUAGGGAAAGGAGAAGGAUUUGCAGAUAUGGAAUAUGCCAUGAUGGUCUCUAUGGGAGCUGUUAGCCAAUCUACCAUUGUUGUGACUAUUGUCCAUGACUGCCAGGUUGUUGAUAUCCCUGAGGAGCUGGUAGACACACAUGAUCUAACAGUGGAUUAUAUCCUCACCCCAAGUAAAGUGAUUAAAACUGAAUGCAAACACCCAAAACCAAAGGGGAUUAUUUGGUCUAAGGUGGAUUUAAACUUACUGGGAAAGAUACCUAUCCUUAAAAAACUGCGUGAGAUGGAAAAAGAGGCAGGGAAAGAUGUGACAUUGAAGACUGAGCUUCCAGGUACUAUUGAGAACCCCAGCUUAACAGAGGGCGAGGGAGCUCAAGAUGUGGUGGGGAGCAGCAACAACAAAACCCUCUGCUCUGUCAGAAAGACAGAAACCACAAGGCCAGAUGGGAUCACCACAGUUUACAUUGGCAACAUCCCCCAGAAUCUGAGAGUGAGGGAAUUCAAGACUGUUCUGCGGGAGCACGAUGCAGUGCCUUUGCGUCUGAACUGGCAGGGAGCAAAGCGGCAGGCUUUCCUAGACUACAAGGACCCGCAGACAGCGGAGAGUGUCCUGGCUGCUCUUGAGGGGCUCAGCAUCACCGGGAGCAGCAUCCGCGCCGAACUUGCCAAGAGUCAGAGAAGCCCGCGCAACCAUGGGGCAGCCCCCAGGAGACCGAAAUCAGCAGAAGCUGAAAGCAGUGCUGAAGUGAAAAGCCUUUCAUAAACCAGCUGCCAUGCUGGGCUCUUACUGUGGUUCAUAUUUAUUUUGUGCAGAGUAGAGAGCUGAGAUCACCCCCCCCCCCCCCC